GGGUUUGUGAAAGUUGUCAAGAAUAAGGCAUACUUCAAGAGAUACCAAGUGAAAUUCAGGAGAAGGAGAGAGGGAAAAACUGAUUAUUAUGCCCGCAAGCGUUUGGUAAUUCAAGAUAAAAACAAGUACAACACCCCUAAAUAUAGGAUGAUUGUGCGUGUUACCAACAGAGACAUCAUUUGCCAGAUUGCCUAUGCCAGAAUCGAAGGUGACAUGAUUGUCUGUGCUGCUUAUGCCCAUGAGCUGCCAAAAUAUGGUGUGAAGGUUGGCCUGACCAAUUACGCAGCAGCGUACUGCACUGGCCUGCUGAUGGCACGCAGGCUUCUGAAUAAAUUUGGCCUUGAUAAGAUCUACGAAGGCCAAGUUGAAGUGACUGGUGAUGAAUAUAAUGUGGAGAGCGUGGAUGGAAAGCCUGGUGCUUUCACAUGCUACCUGGAUGCAGGUCUUGCCAGAACUACCACUGGAAACAAAGUCUUUGGUGCUCUGAAGGGUGCAGUGGAUGGUGGUCUGUCCAUCCCACAUAGUACCAAACGUUUCCCUGGGUAUGACUCGGAAAGCAAAGAAUUCAAUGCAGAGGUUCACCGCAAGCAUAUCAUGGGCCAAAACGUUGCAGAUUAUAUGCGUUACCUGAUGGAGGAGGACGAAGAUGCUUACAAGAAACAGUUCUCCCAGUACAUAAAGAACAACUUAACACCUGAUGGGAUGGAAGAAAUGUAUAAAAAAGCCCAUGCUGCUAUACGGGAUAAUCCAGUCCAUGACAAGAAACCCAAGAGAGAAGUCAAGACAAAGAGAUGGAACUGUCCCAAGAUGUCCCUCGCCCAGAAGAAGGACCGUGUUGCUCAGAAGAAGGCGAGCUUCCUCAGGGCCCAGGAGCGUGCAGCCGAUAGUUAAGACAACUAGAUAGUUUGCUAUGAAGCUUUGGAAAAAGUGGCAAUAAAUUUAUUGAGUAAG